CUUUGCACAUGGACGAGUUGUCAGCACAGCUCGUGUAGCUAAUACUUCACGUCAAACGGCAUGUUGUACUCCGCAGCGGCUUUGUUUCUUCGAGCAAAACACGGAGCUUCUUACAGUCACUUCCGUGUACAGUGUAAAAUGCCUCCCGUUAAGACCCGCCUCCCCUAACCCGGGUUGGCUGUUGUGCAGCCCGUGAAGCAAUUUCUUGUUUGUGAUUGGACACUUUACGACUUGUCUUUUGAAUGACCGCGGACGUAAUGAGACACAAGGAGCGCCUGCGCCUCAGGAGUAAGAUACUUCCUGAUUUGAGAAGAUCUAUGAAGGAGAAGAGGGCCUAAGCUGUUAUGAGCGCUUUCAGAUAGUUCAUAUGGAUUCUUCAUGUUGAUUGUCUUGCAUUUUUUGCUCUGUCUCCCAGCUUUGCUCUUCCCAAGCUCAGUAGAGCAGUGGUGCGUGUGAGGAGACUGACAGCUCAACUAAGCAAGGCAACAAUGUCCACAAAGCAACCGAGCUCCGGUCUGUUCUUUUCAGCCAAUGGGGACGCUCCCACUGCAGCCAUUCUCAUCAUUGGAGAUGAGAUACUCAAGGGUCACACAGUGGACACCAACAGUGCCUUUCUGACGCAAGCACUACGGAAGCUUGGCGUGUCAGUGCAGCGCAUUGCAGUCAUACCAGAUAUACAGGAGGUCAUUGCAAAAGAGGUGUCCCUCCUGUCACCUCAGUAUACACACCUCAUCACCUCGGGAGGCAUAGGCCCCACCCAUGACGACGUCACCUUUGAGAGCAUCGCCAUCGCGUUCCAAGAGGAGUUAUAUCUCCACCCUGAGCUCUCCCAGCUUGUUAAACAAUUCUUUGGGGCAGUGGACAAAAACAGUGCCACUAUGAAGCUGGCCAUGGUGCCUCGCUCAGCAAAGCUCAACUAUGGAACUGAUCCUCAGACUGGACAACCGCUCCGCUACCCACUGGUCAGUGUGCGUAACGUGUACAUCUUUCCUGGGAUCCCGUCUCUGAUGGAGAGGGCCUUCCGUGGGCUUGAGCACCUCUUUGCUAGUUCAGGGACCACUUUUCACACUCGUGAGGUGUUUGUGGAUUCAGAUGAAGCAGAGAUCGCCCCUGUGCUGACCAGACUGCAGGCUGGUUGGAGUAGGAAGGUGGCUCUCGGCUCCUACCCUGACUGGCUUAGUAACUAUCACAGAGUCAGGCUGGUCCUGGACUCAGACAGCCAGGAGGAGGUGGACAAAGCCCGGGCGCAGCUGCUCGACGAUCUGCCCAAGGGCAGCGUGGUGCCCCUAGUCACUGACCCAGUGUCCAUCGCCACCGCCGAGGUCUACACACUGGCCAAUAACGGCACACCAUUGGGUGAGAAAGUUAAGUCUGCUCUGAAAACGAUAGAGGCUGCACUGGAUCAGUAUUCGACAGAGGAAGUCUGCGUCGGCUUCAACGGAGGCAAAGACUGCACGGCGCUGCUGCAUCUCUACUACGCUGCACUGAAACGGCAGUAUCCAGAUGGUAAAGACAAGUUGAAAGCUCUGUACAUCCGUAUCGUCUCUCCAUUCCCAGAAAUGGAGAGAUUCCUCCAGGACACAAUCAAAAGAUACGACCUGGAUCUGUUCUCCGUGGAGGGCAGUAUUCGGCAGGCGCUGAGCGACGUGCAGGAAAGGAGGCCGGAGCUGAAAGCCGUCCUGAUGGGGACCAGGAGGAGUGACCCCUACUCACACACACUCACACACAUGUGUCCUACCGACCCCGGCUGGCCAGACUACAUGAGAGUCAACCCAUUACUAGACUGGACGUAUCAUGACAUCUGGUCGUUCUUGAGGACGUUAUAUGUGCCUUACUGUAUCCUCUAUGAUAAAGGGUACACUUCACUGGGCAGCAUGGACAACACCUGUCGGAACACAGCCCUCCAAACGGUGGAUGUGAGAGGGGUGACGCGGUACAAGCCAGCCUACCUCCUGGAGAACGAAGAAGACGAGCGAAACUCGCGUGCCUGAUGUCGUCCCUCCUCUCGCCGUGUCCGUCAACCUGUUGCUGUCAAAUGAAUCACAACUUACACACAUUAAACUCUGUGGUAACCAUAA